AUGCAGCUCCCACUACUCCUGUGUGUGUUUGGUUUGGCCGUCGCGGCGCCAGCCGACGGUCCAAAUUCCCCAUACGACACGAUAGUCAUCGGCCUGGGCUCGGCCGGCACCACGGCGGCCACCGAGCUGGCCCGAUCUGGUCACAAGGUGCUGGCGCUGGAAGCCCAGGCCCGGGUCGGGGGCAGGGUCCACACCGUGCCGUUUGGGGACGGGCUGGUGGAGCUGGGUGCUGAAUGGAUCCACGGCAACGUCAGCAGUCGCACGUACGCGCUGGCCACCAAGCACAACAUCGACACCAAACCCCAGGCCCUGAUGCUGGACCCUUACUGCUCGGACGGCACUAGACCGGACGUGGCGCUGGUGAGAGAGCUGCUGGAUUUGGACUUUACGGAUGAGCAUCCUAAUCCGCCAGAAGCUUUAGGCACAUUCGUCACUAAGAAGUUCAUGGAAUACAUCACCAAGAAUAAACCAGGCCUGCUCAAAGACCAGGACUUCAUCACCGAGUUCCUCGCGUUCUCGAACCUGCUCACGAACAACCUGGAGGCUUCAAACGAUUGGAAUGACGUCUCGACUUGGGAUUUGUACGAAAAGCUGGGCGGGCCGCAGACUAUCAGCUGGCAUAGGCAUGGAUACACGACUUUCUUUGACAUUAUGUUGAACAAAUACAACAACGGCCCCGGCCUCCCGAACCUGGACAUGCAGCUGAACACGGAGGUGACCCGCAUCACCACUCCGCAGCACCCCAACGAGACUGUUACCGUGGAGUGCAAAGAUGGGAACACCUACACCGCCAAAUAUGUCGUAGUGACCGUGUCUCUUGGAGUGCUGAAAGCCACACAUGCCACGCUCUUCUCACCGCCCUUGCCUCUAGAAAAACAGACGGCCAUAGAAAAAGUCAGCAUAGGCGUCGUCGGCAAGGUGAUCCUGUCGUUUGAGAAGGCCUGGUGGCCUAAGGAUAUCGCGCUGUUUGGCUUCAUCUGGAAAGGAGAUGACAAGAAAAAAGUUCCCGCUGAAGACUACUGGACGACCAGGAUACUUGGAGGUCACCCGCCCAUGGGGUCCAGCAACACGCUGACCCUCUGGACCAGCGGCGAGGUCGCUAAACAGGUUGAGAAGUUGCCUGAAGACAUCGUGAAGACGAAGUGCGUGGCGCUGCUGCAGCGGUUCAUGGGUGACGCGCUGAAUAUCACCGUGCCCGCUCCCACCGGCUUCCUUAGGUCGGCAUGGUACUUGAACCCGUACACGCGCGGCAGUUACACGUACGACAACCUGGACGCCCCGCAGUACCCGCUGGCGCGGAAAUGGCUGAGUUACCCGCUCCUGGACUCGGCGGGCGAGCCGCGUGUGCUGUUUGCAGGCGAGGCCACGAACGAGCGGCACUUCAGCACCGUGCACGGGGCCAGCGAGACGGGCCGACGCGAGGCCGAGAGACUUCUACUAAUGAUCCGUGGCGAGGCCGGAAACUAUAAUGUCAAAGACUUUUAAAUUUAAUGUCAAACCCAC